GAAGAAUUCCCUUGUUAGAAAUGGGAUCUGGCACCAUUGAUUCCCCACAUGUGAUGUGAUCAAAAGAUCCCUUUGCAUUUGUUUAUUUAUUUACUCCACAGCUCGCCAAGUAUCUACUGCUUGUACUCGACAACUCUUCCCCCAUUUCUUUAUUCCAUGAAAAUCGAAUUUAGUUAACCACUGGAACAUACAACAGCUACACAAAGGAUCGUCUUCAGAUCUUUCUUUUCAAGUUUUCUUUGUGUCACAAACAACAAUGGCGGAUGAACCUUCCGUCACUCGUUGGUCCUUCCAGGAUUUUAAGAUGUUUUAUGAUAUUAAGUUUGGGAGGAAAAAGGAAGUCGUUCCAAAAGAUGCUGCUGCAAAUGGUCAACAGACUAAUGGUCAAGCUUCGAGCAACGGAAACUCAUCGAUUGCAACCUCAAAUGGAAGUGGGCACCCAAACAGCACAUCUGAAUUGUCAAUAUAUGAACAGUACAGACAGGCAAGAGAGAAUUCAACCCCAAAUGGAGUUACAUCAUCGGAUGCUGAGAAACCAAGAAAGUCUCUGCUUCCUGCUUUUGAAUCAGCAGAAAUGCGAACUUUGGCAGAGAGUUUAAGUAGGGAUAUUAUUCGUGGUAGUCCAGAUGUGAAGUGGGAGAGCAUAAAGGGGUUAGAGAAUGCAAAACGCCUGCUUAAAGAAGCAGUUGUUAUGCCAAUCAAAUAUCCCAAGUACUUCACUGGUCUUUUAUCCCCAUGGAAAGGAAUCCUCUUGUUUGGUCCUCCAGGAACCGGAAAGACAAUGCUUGCAAAGGCUGUUGCAACCGAGUGCAAUACUACGUUUUUCAACAUUUCAGCAUCAUCCAUUGUCAGCAAAUGGCGCGGUGACUCCGAGAAGUUAGUGAAGGUGUUAUUUGAGCUCGCAAGACAUCAUGCACCGUCAACUAUAUUUCUGGAUGAGAUUGAUGCAAUCAUUAGUCAACGUGGUGAAUCACGAAGUGAGCAUGAAUCAAGUAGGCGUCUGAAAACAGAGUUACUUAUCCAGAUGGAUGGUCUGACAAAAACGGAUGAGCUCGUUUUUGUAUUGGCAGCUACAAACCUCCCUUGGGAACUUGAUGCUGCCAUGCUCAGGCGUCUUGAGAAGAGAAUCCUUGUACCUCUUCCAGAGCCUGAAGCAAGGAAAGCCAUGUUUGAGGAGUUAUUGCCUACAGUACCUGAAGAGGAGACACUUCCGUAUGAUUUGUUGGUGGAAAAGACAGAAGGUUAUUCAGGUUCUGAUAUACGGUUGCUAUGCAAAGAGGCUGCUAUGCAACCUCUGAGACGUGUAAUGGCUAUUCUGGAAGAACAUGAUAUGUUGCCUGAUGAUGAGCUGCCAAAGGUGGGUCCAAUCAAACCCGAAGACGUUCAAACAGCAUUAAAGAACACGAGGCCUUCUGCUCAUCUACAUGCUCCUCGUUAUGAACGGUUCAACUCCGAUUAUGGUAGUCAGAUACUGCAGUGAAGGGAAAAACAUCAAGCGUUUGGUUCAAUUGUUGCUUCCCAUUUUUACCCCCAUCUCAACUCUUCCUAUUGCUAGUCCAUUGCCUAUCAUAAUGUUGAAUUUAGUUUACAUGAU